AUGUCGCAGCGCAUAAAUGAUGCCAAAAGUUAUGUCCAGACCUGUCUCUCAUCGUCAAGCUAUAAGAAUGAAAAGAAGAAGCCGGGGCUCCGCUUGCCCUCCUCAGACCCAAUAUAUGUCCCGAUCCAUGAGGAUUACAGUGACCCAGAGAGCCCCCAGUCCAGCCUCUCCUCCCACUACUUCCAUGGUGAAGCUGCUGUCACUGAGAGCUACUCCAUGGAUGCCUUCUUCAUCACCGACGGGCGUUCCCGACGGCGGAGUGACGGCCCACGGAGAGGGAGCCAUCGCCACUCUUGCAACGAGUGUGGCAAGACCUAUGCCACCUCGUCCAACCUCAGCCGGCACAAGCAGACCCACCGCAGUCUGGACAGCAAGAUGGCGAGGAAGUGCCCGACUUGUAGCAAAGCCUACGUCUCCAUGCCAGCCUUGGCCAUGCACAUCCUGACCCACAACCUCAAACACAAGUGUGAGGUCUGUGGCAAGGCUUUCAGCCGGCCAUGGCUGUUGCAAGGACACAUGCGAUCCCACACGGGUGAGAAGCCCUUUGGCUGCUCCCAUUGCGGGAAGGCCUUUGCCGACCGCUCUAACCUGCGAGCCCACAUGCAGACCCACUCGGCCUUCAAGCACUACAAGUGUAAGCAGUGUGAGAAGACCUUCGCCCUCAAGUCAUACCUCAACAAGCACUACGAGUCGGCCUGUUUCAAGGGGGCUGAGCACAGUUGCGAAAUGGAGGACUGAGAGGCCCUUUCUUGGGAGGGCAAAGGAGUCCCUCAUCGGCCACAUUCAGGGAUCUGAAGCUAAGAGGGAGAGAAAGCAACAAAGGGAGAAAUGAGUGCAACCUAACUAAUCCUCUGGCAUCCCAUUUUUUUCAGCUGCUUUUAAAAUGUCCCGGUUUCUCUUGCCUCCUACCACUUCCGCCUUCAUCCCCCGCUUACUCCAAUUUCUGCAGACUGCAUUCAGAAUGGGAAACUACUGUAUAUACUCAUGUAUACGUCUAGAAAUUUUAGGGAAAAAUUUGACACCCAAAACCUGGGUUGAAUUGUCCAUGGGGCAGUGUCAACUCUGUACUUUUAACUCUUAUUUUAAAAAAUGAACCAUCUCUUUCUCUCAGCAGAGUGGUGAAAAGCGAGAAUUUAGUCAGUCAGGGAAUACCUAAAAGAAGCACCAACCCUUCUAUGUACUCCACCAUGGCAUUACUUCUGGCUUCUUUGAAUGUCUGAGUAGGAAAAGAGUAGCAUUCUUUGGCAUCGUUUUCCUUUGUUUUGUCCUUUAUAUCCUUUGUUACAUGCCCCUAAGUUUU